ACGAACGUCAACAGGAAGUCCCUGUGUCCAUGUGAAAGAGAAGUGGGAGGAGCCAAAGCGAACAAUCGCUCCAACAUAAGGAUGACGAAGAUGAUGAGUUUGUGUGGAUCUGCAGUGUUUGUGUUUCACAUUCCUGAAAUCUUAAAAUCUUUUUUUAAAGUCAUAAUAACAAAUUCUAGUCUUAAUCUAAAUGCUAUUUAUCUUCCAAGUGUUAGAAUGUUAGAAUAAGGCGCUAAAAACUCAGAACACUCAACAAUGUAGGGAUGAAAACACUGGAUGUAAAUUAAAAAUAUGUUCAUUUUCAUUCAUAUUCAGAUUUUAUUUUUAUAACCAGGCCCAGUUAACGUCCAAAGAAUGCUGCAGAGAUGUUUUUAUGACGUUCAAAAGAGAACCUUCAUAGAACGUUGUGUUACAUUUAUAACCAGAUGGUUAGCGUUUUUUUUUUCUUUUUUUUUUUCUUUAUUUUAUUUUUUAUUUUUUUGUGUCAACCAAAAUAUUUUAUCUUAGACCAUAUAAACAUUCCCAAAGCGGAUGUUUUUAAUGACUUUGAAAGGGAAACUGCACAGAAUUUUGUUUUACAAUGAGCCCUAAAUAAUGAACGUUCCCAGAACACAGGGAUUAUUCUUAUUUAUUUAUUUUUUCAUUUAUUUUUACAGCCACGCGGUGGCGCUGUUGCUCGCCUUUCUGUUUCGCGAAGCAUUUUAUGCAAAUCAUUUGUAUCCUAGGUCUGUGUAUAUUAAUGCGAAUAUCAAUAACGAGCGAAUAACAUGAAUAUAACCGACUGUUUAUGAGACAUUUGUUGUUUCAAUGAGCCAUGGACAGAAAAGAGCAGAGAUCUGCGCAUGUCUGAAUCUCCAAGCCAACUCUUGCCCUUAAAAAUCCGUUUUAUUCGAAGAUAAAAGUGUUAUAACGUCUAUAAAUCACGAGCACACAACAACUGACAGCUGUCAUUAAAGGCUUUAACAGGACAGGCUUUACACACACACACACACACACACACACACACACACACACGGGCUGUAAUCACUCUAAUCUCUGAGUGUUGUGCUCUGUUCUGCUCUCUCAGUAUUUCUCGACACAUGAAGGCCUGGGUUUCAUGUCACACUACUUUCUCACUAUUAUUCAGGUUUUGUAAGUCAGAAACUUUAUGGAUUCUGGAUCCUUCAGAGGAUUACAGGACCUGAUGGAAACACAGCAGAGACAAACCCCGUGCUUGUCCAGCUGCCAUGGCUGCACUGAGGUCCUGUGCUGAGAUGCCCCGAGACAGAGAGUGACGCCCAUCAGAGCUGCAUGAUGGUCUAGCUCCGCCCACUCUCUGUCGGGAUGCUGGCCUCGGUGGUCUCCGGUAAUAACGGAGGGCGAGCGCUGACCCUGAAGGGCGUUGACCCAGAAACAUGUAUGAUCGUCUUCAAAAACCACUGGACACAGGUUCUGAGGAUCCUGGAGAAGCAUGAUCCAGUUCGCGCCAGUGGCGUUGCUCUCCGGUUCGGUCCGAUCCCUGGCGACGAGGCGAGUGCCGUGCAGAACUACGUGGAGCACAUGCUCUUCCUGCUGAUGGAGGAAGAGAGCGGUCAGGGUGGGGCCAUGGGGACCAUCCUGGAGUUCGUGGUGGUGGAGAACGUGAUGGAAAAGCUAUUUCUGUGGAGUCUGCGGCGCGAGUUCACCGACGACAUGAAGCUGGAGCAGCUGCGCAUGUACAAGAUGCUGGUGGCUCAAGCCAAACAACCGCUGCUACACCACAAACCCAUCCUCAAACCUUUGAUGAUGCUGCUGUCUGCUUGCUCCAACUCCUCCACCAUGGGGCCCUCAUCCUCAUGCACCGAGGGGCCCAAAAGCAGCAGCUCUGCCGCAGGGCUCACCUGCGCCAUGGGACCCAACAGCUCUGCGGUGGAGGUGGAGCUGGUGUCUCUGCUGCAUCAGCUGUGCCAUGCACUGGUCAAGGAAGCCUCCGUUCUGGAGCUGUUCUUCCACAGCAGUGAGGAUCAGGGAGCCGCCAACUUCCUACUCUUCUCUCUGCUCAUCCCGUUCAUCCACCGUGACGGAACGGUGGGAGCCCAGGCCAGAGACGCCCUCACCCUCAUCAUGAGCCUCUCUUCUCAGAACGCCCUUGUGGCCAAACACAUCGUGGAGAACACAUACUUCUGCCCGGUGUUGGCCACGGGUCUCAGCGGUCUGUAUUCGGGUCUGCCGGCUAAACUGGAGGUUUACAGCGAGGGCUGGUUCUGUCUGGAGAGACACGACUGGCUGCAGCUUCCAGCGCUGUUACAGUUCCUCAACUCACUGCACUUCUGCAGCACUGUGUGCAAGGUGGCUCACUGCUCUAUCAGAGACCAGCUCCUGGGCUACAUCUACAAUGGUUUUCUCGUUCCUGUCAUGGCUCCUGCGCUUCAUAAGCUGACUCUGGAGGAAGUGAUGACGACGACGGCGUAUCUGGAGCUCUUCCUGCGCAGCAUCUCUGACUCCGCCCUCCUCCAGACCUUCCUCAUCUUCAUCCUCAGAUAUCGCCAUGACAACGUCAGCAUCCUGGACACGCUGGUCAGCAGGAUCAACACGCCGUUUCAGCUCGGUACCGUCUCUCUGGCUCUGUUCCGGACUCUGAUUGGUCUGUAUUGUGAAGAUGUCAUGCUGCAGUUAAUUCUCAGGUAUCUGCUCCCGUGUUCUCACCUGACGCACGCUGAGAGACUGCGGCUGCGAGAGAGAGACUGUUACUCCAUCACUGCAUCUGCGCUGCUGUCGCUCACACCCUCCUUCUUCAUUCCCAAACCCUGCUCUUCUCCACCGCAGACACCCAAACCCGACUACAUCCUCUGGUCAAAGGUCACAGAGGGACUGCUGAGGGGCAACAUGGGAAUGGAGGAUCUGUUCUCAGGUGGAGAUACCGUCGGAUGCUCCCGAAUAAAUGCUUCCGAGCCGCUUAUGCACAAGAACUAUCUUCAGUAUCUGUAUGAUGCGCGCAGAUCCGUCUGUACGACGGUCCAAGCGUGCGACGUGUGGUCGGCUCCGUACGAUGGUCUCAAUCCGUCCCCGGACGAGUAUCAGGACGAAGAUGAGGACGAGCGUCUUCCUCACUCUACUCCACCUCCUCAAACGCCGACUCCUCAUCCGCCUUCGGAAACCAGCUCCACCGGCGACCGCGAGCGAGUCGGGACGCUACUCGAGCUGGAAUGGGACGAUACGUACGACGCCGCGCCUGACAGGGAACCGACGCCCGACGUCCCGGACGAGCCCCCGAAACACAUUCAGGAAAUGCGUAAAAAUGCCAUAAUGCUGAUUAAAGGAUCUUAUAUAGAGGAGUCGGAAUUUCAGGACGACGUGUUGGUUUAUAAUCUGAUCGCGCAAAAAGAUGCUUGCGACGACCGGCGGAUGUUCGUCAAAAACGGCUUGAAUAAAGCAACCCACAAUCACUACAUAAACAACAAUCUGAUGCACACUAAUCGCACACCAAACCAAAACCACGCGGAACAUCCAGAAUCCGAUCCGAUUGUGAACGGACGUGGUUUUGAGGAGCAGACACUGGAAUUAGAGGGCGAUGUUGCGCACCUGGACCACAACUGCAAUGAGAGCAAAACGUCCGAAGCCGCGGGAGACGACUUCAUCUCUCAGUGUCUGGAGCUGAUUCGGGAUCUGGGCGGAGAGGAAGACUCUGUCGUGGAGGAUGAAGAGCAGCUCCAGCGGCUGCAGGAUCUCCUGCAUGGGGACGAGGAAGAGGAGCUGGACUUCAACUGCUUCUGUGAGGAGUGUGAGGGUGAAGACGAUGCAGAUGAAGACCCGAAUAAAGCCGAGAGCAGGAAACAUGGGAUCUCGUUUACAGGGCCGUUCAUCAGCGUCCUGCUGUCCCGUCUGGAGAACAUGCUGGAGAACUCCAUUGAAGUCAACCUGCUGCUUACGGGGAUUUUAGCGCAGCUGGCCACAUAUCCACAACCUCUGCUGCGAGGAUUCAUCCUGAACACCAGACCUGCGUCUCAGACCGGCACACGCUCACUCUAUCAGGUUCUGCUGUCGGUGGCUUGUCAGAUUGAACAAUAUGCAGCGUCCAAUCCAGAUUUCCCUGAGCUGGUCUGUGAAGCCGCUCAGUUCCUGCUGCUCAAAGAUCAGGCUUUAAAAGAGCAAGAGAGAGAAGUCCACCUGCAAGAAAACGCCGGCUGGUUCCUGAAUGGCCACGUCUCGGGUCGUCCACACACACCUCUUCCUCCCUGUCCCAAAAUCCCGCCGCACCUGCGGAACAGAGUGUUCACUACGUUUCUGUUCGCUGAGUUCCUGAAGGAGUUGGCGGCCAUCGCACAAGAGCACUCCAUAUUACCUGAGCGAACUGCGGAGGAGUAACACACCUCACACUCACGAAACGUGAGUUUCCCGUUCAGAUCACAGCUAUAAUCAAAUGCAGACAUCUCUGGACAUUUUCUCAUUAAUUUCUUAUGGACGGUCAGUGAUUUCAAGCAGCCAAUGUGUGUGAACUUUUGUGUUGGGUCAGAUUGACCCACGCUUACAUUUUUAAAGUGCUCGAAAUGGUGGUUAAAACUGUUUAUUUCUUUUUGAAAUUUGGUGAAUAUUUUUCAUUUAAGGGUUAUAAAUGUGCAAGCAAGGUUUCAACACACAGAUGUGUUUUAGAAAAGCUGUACAAAAAUCUUUACAGCUUUUGUGUUGGGUCAAAACUGACCCACACUCUAUUUUACAAACUGUAAAAAAAAAUACCAAAAUACCAGUUAAACUACUUAUUUCUUCUUGAAAUUUGGUGGAUAUUUUUCAUUUAGCAUCAUGCACAUGCAUGCAAAGUUUAGGUACACAGAUGUGUUUUGGAAAGGCUGUGCAUAAAAAUUGUUACUACUUUGUGUUGGGUCAAACUGACCCAAGCUCAAAUUUUCAAACUGCUUGAAAUACUGGUUAAAAUACUUAUUUCUUUUUGACAUUUGGUGGAUAUUUUUCAGUUAGCACCAUGUAUGU